AGCGCGGAGCUCGGAUGGAAUAUGGCUCUCUCCAGAGGUUUGAGAUGCUGCCAGAGGGUUUUCUCCUGGAUACCUGUUCUCAUCAUCACCGCCGUUGUGUUGUGGUCAUACUACGCCUAUGUCUUUGAGCUGUGUCUUUUUACAAUCUCCAGUACACUGGAAAAAGUGGCCUAUUUGCUUUUAUUUCACGUUUGCUUUGUGAUGUUCUCCUGGACCUACUGGAAGUCAAUAUUUACCCCUCCUGCGUCCCCAUGCAAAAAGUUUCAGCUGUCAUACUCAGACAAGCAAAGGUACGAAAUGGAGGACAGACCAGAUGUUCAGAAGCAAAUCCUGAUUGAGAUUGCAAAGAAGCUACCUAUUUUUACUCGAGCCCAAUCUGGAGCUAUCAGGUUCUGCGACCGCUGCCAGGUGCUGAAGCCUGACCGCUGUCACCACUGCUCCGUUUGUGAAAUGUGUGUCUUAAAGAUGGACCAUCACUGUCCCUGGGUGAACAACUGUGUGGGUUUUUCCAACUACAAGUUUUUUCUCCUCUUCCUUGCCUACUCUAUGCUGUACUGUGUAUUCAUUGCAGCAACAGUUUUUCAGUAUUUCCUCAAAUUCUGGGAGGGGGUCUUGCAAAACGGGCCAGCAAAGUUCCACGUUCUCUUCCUCAUGUUUGUGGCUCUCAUGUUCUUUGUUAGUCUCAUGUUCCUCUUUGGCUACCACUGUUGGCUUGUGGCCAAGAACAGAUCCACAUUAGAGGCCUUCUCAGCUCCAGUUUUUGUCAACGGACCUGACAAAAAUGGCUUUAACGUCGGCAUACGCAAAAAUCUGCAGCAGGUAUUUGGAGAGGAUAGGAGACUGUGGUUCAUCCCGGUCUCUACAAGCCAAGGGAAUGGCCACUACUUCCCUUUGAAGAACCGGAGCUCUGAAUCCCAGAACCCCUUAUUAGCUAACGAGAACAUGUGGGAAGAGUCAGAUGAUGGGUCUGAGGAGGGAAGCUUGGUGGAGGAUGUGGACCCCUCUGUUACCAUAGAGAUGGAGGAAUAAUUUACACUGGUACAGAUGUAGACUUGUAUCACACACACUGUGUAUUGAGAAGUAAAUGCAUUCCAAAUCACGAGGACGUUCAGACACACUGAAGGGGGCCAAACGAGAGGAUUAAAGACCUGCAUUUGGACCGUCGUUGCCAACUCUACCCUGAUGUUUCACGUACUGAUGAACAAAGGAACUCAUUGGAUGACCAGUGGAAGCAUCACCUCUUCUCUCAUCAGCAUUGGUUUUAUUUUGGGGGGUGGGGGUAUUUCCUAAUUUACAGACAAGCAACUGUAUUAUUUUAUUAUUAACUGUAAUUACAGGGCAAACAGUUGCCCGUAUUUAUCUUGACAAGGCAUUCAAACCUCUAAAGCUUCUGUCUGGCAGUGUGCAAUUUUACAGGUUUCUGUUUCAGAGUUAAGCUUACAGUGUUGCACCUUAUGGUCUGGUUGGUGGGGGUGGGGUCGGGGGGGGGGGGGCUCACACACGAGGCUUCAGAAGUCUCAAGAUUUUGUUUGGCCUCUACAAGUUUGGGGUUUACAGGAUUACAAGAUUUGACUUACACUUAAACGUAUUUAAAAACAAACAAAAUAACUUAACCUGCGCCUUAUUAACAAGUAUUCCUCUGUUUUUGGAGUCUGUCACCUCAGAAUGUAUCCUCCUGCUCCUCAUCAUCCUUUCGAGUACAAUGCACUAACAUUUUGGGCACUUAUUUAUGGAAGAAGUGAUCAUUAUUGCCCUUUUAUGGAGUGUUUUAGCAUCCCUGUUGCAGUUAGAAUGCCAUUAUAUCAGUGUCUAAUCAGAAUGGUGACUGUAACAAAAACACAACAAGCAUAAAUUGGGUCAUAGCUAGACCUUAUU